ACGGGCUCUAGGUAUGGUUUUAGCUACAGUUGAUGGUUUCCACUUGCCUUUUGUUUUCUCUUUCAUGUAAGUAGGCAGAAGAACGAAUAGUUCAGCUCUGUUAUGCAUGUACUUAUGUGGAUACUUCAAAGUUUUAUGCUGUUAACCUGUUAGUGGUCUGUGGGAAAUCUACUUCUACUACUACUAUUGGUUUUCACCUUGAUCCUGGUUGAACUUUGGAUUUUGUUAUAUGCUUAUCUAGAAAUUGCUGAUAUGUAGGCAAUAUGGCUCAUUCUUCUCAAGGCUGGUUGCUUUCAUUACCAAUACUGCUACUUUCGUUUACCCUACCUUCUUCACUGUGUCAUCUUGAAAAUGGAAGUAAGAUCAAAACUGCUACUUUCCUGUCCCCUAAUUUUGUAUUAGGACCAGGGUCGGUAGAGAAUAGGUGGUACUACAAUAUUGAUUUUCCAAGAGGUCAUAUUUUUAUCAAAAGUUUUAAUGCUGAAAUAAUUGAUGAGGCUGGGAAUCCAAUACCACUCUAUGAAACUUACAUUCACCACUGGGUUGUUUCGAGAUACUAUCAGAGAACGAAUGCUUCAGUUGCUGAGAACAGCCGCCGACCAGAUCGUAUUCCUGCAGGAAACAGUGGAAUUUGCCAAGCUCAUGUUCUGGGACAGUAUUUUGGUCUUGGAUCAGAAACAAGAAAAACAGAUACACAUGUGCCGGAUCCUUACGGGAUAGAAAUUGGGAAUCCUGCCGAAAUUCCUCAAGGGUAUGAGGAGAGAUGGGUGCUUAAUAUCCACGCCAUCGAUACAAGGGGUGUUCAAGAUAGGUUGGGAUGCACUGAAUGCAAGUGUGAUCUAUACAAUGUGACAGUUGAUGAAUAUGGUGAUCCUUUGAGGCCUGAAUACAAAGGUGGUUUGCUGUGUUGCUAUGACCGUACACAGUGCAAGGUUAAACAGGGUUUUCAGGGUGCCAGGAGAAGCCUAUACCUGAGAUACACUGUGAAGUGGGUUGAUUGGGAUAGUACCAUUAUCCCUGUUAAAAUCUUUAUAUUUGAUGUUACUGAUACUGGGAAAAGGCUUAAUGGUUCAUCAGGAAUUUCUCCACAGAAUGGCUGCCAGAUUGAGUAUGAAGUCAAGUCUUGCAAUGCCGCUGGUGUAGCUGUUGACGGGUGCACGGAUGUCAAAAGGACAAGCCUCACCAUGCCAACUGGUGGUUAUGUCAUCUAUGGCGUUGCCCAUCAGCAUACUGGAGGCACUAGUUCCACUCUCUAUGGACAGGAUGGACGUGUUAUAUGCACUUCACUUCCCAUUUAUGGAGAAGGAAAAGAAGCAGGAAAUGAAGCUGGUUAUAUAGUAGGAAUGUCCACCUGUUAUCCUAAACCAGGUUCUGUCAAGAUUGCAGAUGGGGAGAAUUUAACUUUGGAAUCAAAUUAUAGCAGUACACAAACGCACACUGGAGUUAUGGGGCUCUUCUACAUACUGGUUGCAGAUCAAACACCAAAUCCCGUGACGCCUUUGCAAACUAAUCAUGCUCAUAUGCAGGAAUACAAGAAAUCACCGAUUCAUUAUUCCUGGGGAGUAGCAGCUGUAGCGUUGUUGGGACUAGCCUUAACCGUAGCUAUAACCAAACGAUCUCAGCUAAGAAAGAGGAUAGAGAAUGGAUACGAAUCAAUUCUGCCAUGAAAAUUCAGUUUCCAUGAAGUCUCUGCGCAAUGAAUGUCUGUCUUAGUUCUUGGUUUUACUUGGCUCUGAUUACUGUCAUAUACCAUAUUUGUUUGCACAAAAAUGCAUUUAGACUUCUUGUUUCUUUCUUUGUGUAAAAUAAACUCUAGAGUGAUAUCCAAAUGAGUUUUGUAGGUGCUUGGAUUAAUUUACAUGUUUCUAUUGAGUUUAUGUUCA